AUGUUGCUGCGACUGCUACUGAGUAGCUUCUGUUCUUUAAUUCAUGUCGUGCACGUGCGAUGCAGACCCGCGGGUUCGGAUAGAUUCUGGGAGAUCGGACACUCACCCGCCAUCGGCCCGGGAUCCACGAGCUUACCAAAUCAUGGAGCCCCUUGGAUCAGUGACGCAAGCUCAGGUGUCACCGAAGACAGGCCGCCUAGCUCGACUGGGUGGUAUGACACCUGGUUUGCAAGUACCCCGGAUCCCAACAACAGAUUUUACCGUACACACGAGCCAGCUGCGGACGUCGUUGGUCAUAGCAGCUCUCUCAAUCCUGCUAUGGAUCAUUUUGGACACGCGCCAGGUGUGUAUGCGGUGCACAACCCCGAUAUUUACGACAUACCGAUCUCAGCCUGGAACCACGAUCGCCGCGCCAGUGCCGGCCAGUCGAUAAUAUCUGUCAACGUCCCUGUUUUGGAGUCAUCCGAUCCGAAGCUGAAUGAAGCACACACGUCGUUUCGCAAUCCGAUUAAUUUACGUAGAUACAUGCGCUCCGACACAUCGCUUGGUCAGAACCUGGAAAUUGCAGAUCAUCCGGGUGCUACAACGUCACACCGACCGCCCUUGUUCGAUUCAUCCGACUGGAAUCGUGAGGAUAUCAGUCCGCGACGGAACGAAAGGACUCGCUCACUUUCAGCGAUCAAUUCUGAUCUCACGUAUCCCCCUCUCUUGCCAUUUCGAGGGAUCAAAGAAAACGAGAAUCUGUGGAAGCAGCAAAUGCAAAUUGUGCUUGGGAGCGAACAUUUAAAACUUUCACUCCCAAAGUUCUGGUCACGCGACGCAGGCAGACUCUACAUCGGAGAUGACGGGCACCCGCCCGAACCUACUCGCUUGUACUCCAAGCAAGAAUGGGCCGAAGACUCUCGCAGAAGGGGUGAUUCAAGAGGGCACUUUCUCAACAAUCGGUACUUGAGAACAACGCGGAUCUCUGAUGUAAACGCGGGCGAGAAAGGCCAACGGCUCUACGUCUAUCUAAACAGCCACAUCAGCAUGGAAGAUAUUAAUAAACAGUACUUCUUAGGAGAGCUGAAAUUCCUUCCUAUCAAUGUGGACGAGCUAAGCUGGGGUGGACUGAACAGGUUGCAUUUUGGUCGCAAAGUGCAGUUCGUCUUGCCUCCGACGACGGCGCAUGAUUUGCCACUGAUCGUCGAUCGCAUCGAGGGGAUGAAGGGGGGUGGCGGGAAUGGCUACCUGACCCAGCUGACUGGUCAGGAAGACGUUAGACAGACCGUCGCACUCUGGUCACCCAUAAUAUUCGAUGGCGAAAGACACACGAUAGUCCUGUAUGGUGUGGCUCGCAUCAAGGAUGAUCAAGCCGUGGCUGCCGCAGUGGCCCGCAAUCUGAACAGUUUGCAGGACAAGGCAGACGCACUGGGUACUACCUUCUGGCACACCUUCAAUCUCGUCGAUGUGACCGACGAGGUUCGUCGCAUGCACAAGUAG